GCGCAGGCAGCGUGUGGCGGGUUGAACAACCCCCCCGUCUUCUUAUGAACACGGUCGCCUCCCAGGUCACUCUGUUCACAGAUCCGACUGUGAAAUGCGUGGGACCGCAUGACCUGCAACACUCGGGCCCGACCCUGUAUGAAUGGGGUAGAGAUGCAGAUGGCUUCCGAUUGGGUGAAAAGGACUAUGCCACUCGUUCACAGCAUGGACUUUAUCUGAUCUGGGCCUUCAACGAGAUUCGCAGGCGCUCAAAAUCAGAAUCAAUCGUUGGCUCAGUUGAGAUCGAGAUUAAAGAACACCGCGCCGAGGCUGUUAGAUUAGAUAAUGAAGCGGGAACCACCGGUGAUGACUGCAAACAAGCCCUCGAGCUGGUCAGAAUGAAACCCUCUGGUAUUUCACGACUACUUUUGAAAGGGCUGUCCGCCGUCAUCUUAACCCAAGGCCAUGUGAGUCGAGAACUCAAUAUUGAGCAGCAGCUGGAUGUGGAACAUGGGCAGCAAUACCUUCAAACGCGGUAUUUUCCGCCUGGCAAUCCAGCAGACAUCAACUUCGACACCAUUGGACAUGAUGAAGUGGUUUUUCUACGCGGGCUUGGUCUUGUCUUUUUUGACUAUGUUAUCUUGCUGACCGCUCGACGAGGCGGAUGGUUUGAGCGCCAAGCAGACGGCAGAUUCAAGUAUCACCCAACUGGUUUCGAACCUCAAAUAUAUGCUAGCUCUCGCGGUGGCAUUCCCUAUCUUACCAAGGGCGACGAUCAGAAGACUGCGACUGACGUGUUUGAGCCAAAAUAUCUUACUAAGGAAGCGUUGGCAACAUUGAAAGACGCCAAGGAGAUUAAAUUCGACGACGAUGUCUGGCCACUCAUUUCCAAAGAGGUGAAGUUUGUCUAUUAUAAGGCACUCUUCAGGGAAGAAGGAAAGCAAGUGGAUGAUAAAACCCUCGCCGACAUCAUACAGCCUGAUGAAUCGGAUGAGAAAGAUCUGCGCCAGUGGGCUACACCUGAUAGUUUUUGGUCCUGCUGGUUGCUUGAGCACUUGCAGAAAGACGUCCUCGAAGCGAAGAAAGGCAAUGUGCAGGGGCCCCAGAAGGCUGCUAUAGACGUUUUGCGUGAAAUACGCGAGUCCCUGCGCGAGAUUAUCAGCUUUGGGAAUUCAGAAAGAGGCACCUGGAAAAGUUUCACGAAACUCAACGCGUUUCUAUCAACUGGACCCCCUCGUCGGCGUGUUGAGCAACUGAUUGCUCUCAUGGAAGCAGGCGUCUUACACGUUCUUGGCCCAAACUCAGAAGUAGAGCGUGAGGGUGACCAUUGGAAGGUUACUUCGAAGAACCCGAAAUUUGUGCUGGAAACCAAGACACUCGUCGACGCCUUAAUUCCAGAACCGAGUUUGGAGCACACAGCAGACAGCCUCCUAAAGUAUAUGUAUGGCAAAGGCGAAUGUCGCGCUCACGAGAUCCAUGGCUACAAAACUGGUGCCAUUGACAUCGCCAGUGAGACUUACAACAUCAUCAAAGAUUCCAAGAAGCCUCAUCCAAGACGUUUUGCGAUUGGUGUUCCUGCUGAAGGCUUGCACUGGUUCACCACUAUCCAGCCUCGUCCAGGGGCAGACUCGAUCAACCUCCGUCAAACCGAUGCGAUAGCUCAAGCUGUCUUGCGUCUUGCUGAAAGAGACCACCUUGAAAAGGAUUCGGCUGGUAGCUGGGCUGGUAGCUGGGCUGUCCCAGAUGAGUUAGAACCUGCUCCCAGUCACCCGAACAAAGCCAAUCUUCGAGUUUUCCUGGAGCCAAAGGACCACUCUGUUGAAGGUCACACCUCCACAUGCACCCUUUAUUUCAACGACCAAGUCAUUUGGGGGCCCUCUUCAUGUCACGGCAAUGCGACUCAGAUAAGAGAUGCUCUCCAAGCCGCCGACCCCCGUUUUACACUGAAAAUCAUGCCUAAAGCUAAGACUAUUGAAGGUCACGCUGUGACAAUCAGUGUCAUACGUGGUGACAAGCUUUAUUUGCAUCGACUCAGUACUCAUGAUAACAUGUCCGGUUUAUGCGAUGCUAUUAACCGCUGCGUCGGAAACAUGGAUGGGUGAAAGCCCUCAGUACCCAAAAUCAAAACGACUUUUGGACGUAGCGUCCGUCACCCAUAUUUGGCCACCCGAACAUAACGAUGUCUAUUCAAAGAUGGUAUGCAAGGAGUACAUUAGUAGCACGUGCACAUGACCCCAGUACCUGCUAGGCUUGUGACUGCCUCUGAAACUAGCUUGGUGAAACUUCUCCUGGAAUUAAAGGUUAUUACUUGAACAGGCAAACCGAGCAUUACGUAU